AUGGAAAAAGAAAUCGAUUUCUCAAAGAACAGUGGUUCAAUAUUUUUAAAAAACUUAAUAGAGCAUUUUGGAUACUCAGCUGAAGAGACAACAGAACAGGUUCAAAACCCACCUUGUGAGCCCCAAGAAUUUCAAGAUUUAUUGCAACAAGGGGCAGAACUAUUAAUGAACAAUGAUAUCCAAGCAUUUAUUAACUGCUUAUUAGAGAUAUCAAGAAUAUUAGAAGUAUAUCCAGAAUAUACCGAUUUUCUCAAUUAUUCUUAUCUUGGUUUUCGACUAAGCAUGUUAGGAAAUCCAAAUGAAAGUUCACCUAAGAUAAUUUUGCUAAUUUCAGAUCUAUUAACAAAUUUCACUGCAAAUGAUAGAGAUUAUUCAACUCGAUUGAUCCAAACAAAUGAACUUAUGCAAAAAGAUUCUGAUCCAGGAUUUUUCGCUUCACACUUAUCUAUUCUUGCUAACCAGAAUGUAACAUAUAUCUAUGCAAUUCGAGUGAUUCCAGUGCUUUAUAAUAUUGCUUCAGAUUGGGAUGUUAAUAAUAUAUGCAAAAUAGAAGACUUAUCAAAGUUGUUUGCAAAAAUAGAAAAUGAUAACGAAUUGUCGUUCGUUUAUUCAUUUUUCUUCAUUAAUGUUUUCAGAGCUUCAAAAAUAACUGACCAAUCAAUAGCAAAUAUGCUCAAAAAGUACUCAAUUAACUAUAUUCUUCAUGAUAAUGAAAUAUCUAUCAACAUUGCUUGGUGUUUGUAUUAUUUUUGCGUAAAUUCAGAAUUACUUUUAAUAGUUGAUGAAGAAUUCAUGUCACUCAUAGAAAAUAUGCUCAACUCAGAAAAUGAAUCAUUUCAACAUAUUGCAAUUUCAAUUCUUUCCAUUAUUCCAAUAUAUACAGAUGUAAAGGAUGAUCAACACAUAAAAUCUAACAUUAUGCAAUUACUUAAUACAUUUGACCUGCAACCUUUAUUCCAGUUCGCACAAUCUUUGGAUCAAACUUACGCUGCAGCUUCAAUCUCAGCAAUCACGAACUUAUCUAUAUUUUCAGAGACAUUAUUCAUGAAUGUAAUAAAUUCUAACUUCUUUGACCUCAUUCUGAACUUAUUAGCAGAUUCACCAUUAUUAGUAAAAAAUUAUUCAGUUUGUUUCUUCGGAUUCGCAAUAUCGCAUAAUAGCAAGCUUUGCGAUGACUUCAUUACAGAAGAUAACCUCGAUUUACUGAUAGAUUUAUGCGAAAUUGAAUCAAUUGCAGUAAAUCUUCUUCAAUCGUUAGAUAUCAUUAUGACAAGUCAUCCAGAUGUGAUUCCAUUUUUCAUUGAUAAUAAUAUUCUCGAAAAAUACGAAUCCAUUGAGCUCGAUCCUGAAAGUCAAGAGUUUUUGUUGCUUCAAAGAAUACGCGAACUCAUUGAUACAAACACUAAUGAAGAAAAAUGA